CCCCCCCUUCCCAACAUCCUGGGUCCCCAGGUGUUCAGCUGGAUCCCAGCCCUCACUCCUGGGAUGCCCCACCUCUCCCUUCAUGGAAAUUCCAGCCUUACCCCUCACCUGAUAUUCCUGGAGGGUCCUAGGGUGAUCCUGCGUGUGGGAAGACGCUCAGGACGUGGAGCUGCAGGUAAGAUUGAUUCCAAAAACCAGGGAGAAGAGGGGAGCUCCUGGCUCUUCAUCACCCCACAGAUGUCCUGCAGCUCGCGAGACCCCGAGUCCCCCAUGCCACCACCCCAAAUCCACGACCUGGGGGCACAAACAAGCUGCAGACGAUGAUGGCUCCGCCACAUCUGUGUCCCCCGGGGUGGGAGCACCCCAUCCAUGAGGCUCCCGUGCCCCAGAGGGUCUCCGGGGUCCCCCAAACCCUGUUUCCUCCCUAGCGGUGCAGGAUGGAGCCAGCCCAUCACCCUCCUCCACCCUGCAGCACUGAGUCGGCUUCCUGCCCUCCGCCACACUCCCGGAGCUGCCGGGGCGCGGGGACACGGCCAGGCCAUGUCCCCAGGCUGCUGAGAGAGGGACUCCCCGGAAUCCCAGAGCCCUGAAUUCCAUGGGGCUGCCCCGCUGACAGGAUGGGGGAGCUGUGCCUGCUCCUGGUGGCUCUCUCUGCCGUGGCACCUGCACAAGAAACGACGGGACCUCCCACCACUCCAGCUGGGAACCUCACCAGGAACCUCACCUCAGCUACACCGGCUCCCAGAGCGGUCCGGCUGGUGGGCGGCCGGAGCCGCUGCGAGGGCCGGGUGGAGCUGGAGCAGGAGGGGACGUGGGGGACGGUGUGCGACGACGGCUGGGACAUCCCCGACGCCGACGUCGUGUGCCGCCGGCUGCGGUGCGGCCGCGCCGUGAGAGCCCCCGGCAACGCCGCCUUCGGCCGCGGGCACGGCCCCAUCCUCCGGGACGAGCUGGGAUGCCAGGGCCACGAGCGGGACCUCUGGGAAUGCCCGGCCGCCCCGGAGCACGACUGCAGCCACAAGGAGGACGCCGGCGUGGUUUGCUCAGAGCACCAGGAGUGGCGGCUCUCCGGAGGGCGGGACGGGUGCGCCGGCAGGGUGGAGGUGUUUUUCCGUGGCACUUGGAGCACGGUGUGCAACAGCACGUGGUACCAGACGGAGGCCACGGUGCUGUGCCGGGCGCUGGGCUGCGGGGACGCGCUGCGGCGGCCGGCCUUCGGACACACGCUUCCCGGGAAGAUGGUGUACCAGUGCGGGAGCCUGCAGCCCUCGCUGGCACAGUGCCACUGGACCUUCAACAAAUCCGCCCCGUGUUACCAAUCCUGGGCCGCCGGGGUCAUCUGCAACGGCUCCCAGGGUUUGGAGACAACGACGACACCCACUGCGGAGGUGACGCCUGGGAAUGUCACUGUCCUGCAUGCCAAGGAGGGGACCCCGACCUUGGGGCCACCAGCCCUGGACAGUCUCCUCUUUGUCCUGUGCCUGGUGCUGGCGGCACUGCUCCUGCUCUCCCUGCUGGCCUUUCCUGCCGCCCUGCUGAGGCUGAGGAAGAGGAGCGCCAUGUCCUCCCUGGGAACACCCACGCCAGUCCUGGUGACCCACAGCUCCCAGAGCCCCAACGCACCCUCCGGGAUCUCCAAUGACUACAGGGACAUUCCCAAAGGAUCAGACUAUCCAGUCACAGCCAUUUCCAAAGAUUCUGAUUCCGACUCGGAAUAUUACGAGUUCAGCAGCAAGCCUCCCGUCGCCCUGUCCACCUUCCACAACUCCAUGCGCCACCAUCCCAGGGAGGAUCUUCUCCCUCUGAGACCCAGCCAGGACAGGAUGGAGCCGUUCCCAGAGGAUGAGCCAACCAGGCCGGGUCCCCCACUCUGCAGCUCUUCUAGCUCCUCCUCAUCCUCAUUCCUGGAGCCCUAUUGGAAUGGCAGCAUUCCCCCUCCUGCCCAUGGCACCCCGUGGCACCCGGCAGCCACCGACCACGGCUACGGCACAGUUCCCCCAGCAGCGCCCGCCCCAGUGCCCUCCCAGCCCUGGCUACCUGCGGCUCCGGCAGAUCCCAAUCCCGAUGGCAGCUCCAGCACCUCCUCGGGGGAGUGGUACGAGAACGUGCAGGAGACGGAGCCCCCUGGAGACCCCUCCUCACAUCCGGGUAAGGAUCCUGCCCUGGGGAUGGUGGGGGACACGGGGAGUUCCUGGAAUUCCCAAAUCCUCCUGACGGACUCUGCUUCUGCAGGCUGCUCAGAUCCAUCCCCUCCCUCGGGGGAACACCUGGAGGAUCCCGACUUUUCUGAGGGCAGUGACUACGACGACAUCCAGGGCUCUGCCUACUGAGCCUGUCCCACUGCUCCACAGGCCAAAUCUCCUGGAAUUCUUUGGCUAUCUCCUCCGGAAUUCUCCAGCCAUCUCCUCUGUUGCUGCCAUUAAAACCCU